UGAGACCAUUAAAGCUUUCUCUAGUCUGGCCUUGCCGAAAGAUGAGACGACCUUCAACUGCAUCAGAUCAAACACCAACAGCAACGGUGCGAGCUAAGCAUGAAAUCCUUGCCAAGUCGUCGCACGUUGUCGACGUGUUUUGGCCCUUCCUUGCCGAGUUCAACAUCCAGGUCCAAGGUCAACCGGAUUUUUGGCAAGGGUUCAGCUUGCAUUACGAUCAUCAUCAUCAUCAUCACCAUCAGCAGCAACGAUACACGAUUAUAGUUGAAAUUCGUACACCUAAGCGAAUUCCGCCCGUGGCCCGGCAAACGCAUCGGCAAGCUCGGCUCGAUCGAUCCCGGGAGUUCCAGGAAAAGAUACAAACAUAA